AUGAGAAACAGUUCGAUACAACUGAGUGAGUUUAAGGAAUAUCUGACGGAGGCAUUACCAGUUGCUUUGAUUGGAAUGAACUGUAAUCUGAUGUCGCAGUAUAUCGAGUAUGUGGCUGAUCACUUGUUGACUGAACUUGAAUGCCCUAAGUUGUACAAAGUCGAGAAUCCAUUCGAUUUCAUGACAGGAAUAUCGGUUGAAGCGAAGACGAAUUUCUUCGAGAAACGCGUCAGUGAAUAUCAGAAAGCCGGUGUGUUGAGUAAUGAUUGCGAUAAGGCAUUCAAUAUUGAUGCUGACUUCUGA